GUCACCAUCGUCGCAGAGCCCUCUCCGCCACUCUCGUCGCACGUCUGCUCCCUUCAUCGCCGUCGUCGCAGUGCUCUCUCUGCCACAUAGGUUAUCUUUUCAACAACUUUUGUAUCCAAGUAUUCAAGUAUCCAUGUUUUAUGUGACAUAUAUUCCUAGCUAGGUUUUUCAAUCUGUGAUAUCUUGAUCUGAUCUAUGAAUUUUCUUUUCUUUUCUUUUGUUGACAUAAUCUUUUCUUAUUCCAACUCAUAAACCACUUCAAAUUUUCCUAAAUCAUAAAAACCUACCAAAAUCUGAACUAGAAUUAACCCAUAGAAGGUGAAAUCAGAGCCUAACAGCAAUGGUGUAGGUUCUAGUAGUGGUGGUACAGGUUUAUGAGUUUAUAUUCUAGUAGUGGUGGUGCAGCUUCUAAUAGUGGUCAUCAUCAACAUCAACAUCAUCAUCAUCAAGUAGUUGAAGAGGUUUCAAUGCAAAGGGUGAAGAAGGAGGAGGUUAAUGCAAAGAUAUCAGCAUGGCAGAACUGAAUUUGUGCAGAGAGUUUGGAAUUGAAUUAUUUAUUUAAUUUGUUGAAAUUGCUUCUUGUUGUGUUCUGUACCCCACUCAAUUGGCUACGUUCCAGCUCCAGAUUUUGAGGAUGAAGAGGAUGGGGAAGAAGAAGGAUAGAUUUUAGUUCCUGUGCCGGAUUCUAGUUUCAACGAAGAUGAUUUGUAUCCUUCUCCAAUUUUUGGUUGCUAAACAAUUUUUAACAUAGAACUGAAAAAAAUGAAAAUAAAAAAUUCUGUAGAUGAAAUAGUGAAAUUAUAUUGAUCUGCCACCCUGAAUGAUACCAAAAUCAAUCACAUAUGAUUGUGUUUUACAUUUUUUAUCCAUUUGAUUUAUUUCUGUACUUUGUUUUCAGAAAUUCUAUAUUGAAGCUAUGAAAACUGAAAAGAUUAGAUGACGUAUGAUAUUUUCAUCCCGUUUGAUUUUAUUGGUAUGAUUGCUGCAAGUUUCUCAUUUACUGAGCAAUGGUUGAACAGGCAACAAGAGUUUAAGCAGCAGCAGCAACCUGUGGUAGACAGAAUAGUGGCAUUUGAGGGGAGAAAUUUAUUAUCUGAUGGAAGAGAUAAAGAGAUAGAAAGGGAGCAAAUCCGACAAGGAAUUGAUGAGUUUGGAAUAUUGUAUUCUGAAUUAAGUGAUUCUAACCGAUCUGAAAGCAGUAAUGGUUCUUUUGCAUUCCCUGUCAUAAGAUGGUCUGGUGUAGAUGGGGAGGAUAAUGUUCUUGUGAUGGAUUUGCUUGGGCUUAGUCUUGAGGAUCCCUUUGUGUAUUGUGGAAGGAAGUUCUCAUUGAAGACAGUAUUGAUGUUGGCUGAUCAAAUGAUGACUAGAAUAGAAUAUGUGCAUUCCAAAGGUUUUCUACAUAGAGAUAUAAAGCCUGACAACUUCCUCAUGGGACUUGGUCGGAAAGCAAACCAGGUUUACAUAAUUGAUUUUGGGCUUGCAAAACGAUAUUAGGACUCUACAACCAAUCGCCACAUCCCUUACAGGCUUGCAAUACACAUCUUGGGAUUGGAUGAAACUUUUGAGAGCAAGAAUGUCUAA